GGGAAUUUGAAUGAUAAAGAGAGCUUAGUGAAAGCUAUUAAACACGUCGAUGUCGUGAUUUCUGCUGUUGGUCGGCUUCAGAUACCAGAUCAGAUCAAUAUCAUCGACGCCAUCAAAGAAUCUGGAAAUGUCAAGAGAUUCUUCCCGUCGGAAUUUGGCAACGACGUUGACCGUACGGUGGCCAUCGAGCCAACGCUAUCGGAGUUCAUCGUAAAAGCUCAGUUACGUCGUGCCAUUGAAGCCGCAAAGAUACCUUAUACUUAUGUGGUCGCAGCUUGCUUUUCUGGUUUUUUCGUUCCCAGUUUGUGUGAAUGCCACUUGCAGCUCAAAACUCCUCCUACAGACAAAGUUUCCAUCUACGACAGUGGCAACGGCAAAGCCAUUUUCAACGCUGAGGAAGACAUUGUUGCGUAUACAAUGAAAGCUGUUGAUGACCCGAGAACACUUAACAAGACUCUCUACAUCCACCCGCCAAAGAACAUUGUAUCCCAGAACGAUGUGGUUGCCUUGUGGGAGAAGAAGAUUGGUAAGACUCUUGACAAGACUUAUGUUUCAGAGGAAGAACUUCUCAAAACCAUCCAAGAGAUUCAGCCUCCAAUGAAUUUUGUGAUGGGUUUGAUCCAUGCGGUACUUGUCAAGAGUGAUCUUACCUCCUUCACUAUAGACCCUUCUUUUGGAGUCGAGGCUUCUGAGCUUUACCCCGAGGUCAAGUACACGAGUGUCGAUGAGUUUCUCGACCGGUUUGUAUGA